UAUAAAACAAGUGUAAUCAUGUAAGAACUGUGAAAACAAAUAAACUAAUAACAAAAGGAGGGUAAGAAAAGAAUAAGGCACAAGAAAGAAAGGCAUCCCUGGGCAAUAUUACUUACAGGAACAUAAAGUUGAGGCUAUACUUUUCUUUCAGUCCCAGGUAUGCCCCCAAAACAAAGUUAUCAUUACCUCUUGGAUUCUCACAUAUACUUUCUCUUCACAUUUCAUUGCUGUCUCAACAAGAAUGGAAUGUACUAAAGAACAAAAGUUGCAGCAGAUUCUAUAUUGAGUAUAGUUGGGGAUUUUUCGUUAAGAAACUUAUUGGUCACGAUAUGAAGUACCAACUUAUUAUAAAUUGAUCGAUCUCAUUUUAUUUUACGAACUUGUCAGAAAGGAAAAGGCAUGCAAAAAGAAAACCAAUCACAUGUAAUCAUUUCUUGCAUCCAAAGUUCUGAAUGUCAGCAAAAGCACAAUGAGGUACAAGAAAAAGUUGGGAAUCAGUUUCGGGCUCGAGAGCCGCUGGCAGUUGCAGGGUGCAGGAUUUGCGGGAAAUCUCGGGAUUGGGGUGCAGUUAUUUUUAGAAACAGUAAGUUAUAAAUAAUACCAUUUAUACCCCCGAACCGGUGACAGAUCAACCAGCUUUCCCAGCCAUUCUCUUGUAAAACUGUUUUCCCAUGACAGCUUCUUCAGCAAAGCAUUCCUUUCUUGCACUGUCAUCAACAAGAACAAUAAAAAGAUUGAAAAGGCACAGAAAGAGAGAUCUGAUUGCUACCUUUCUUUAGACCCAGGCUUCUCCUCCUGAUAAGAAUCUGGUUUGCUUGUGAGUAGAGUCUGCAAUUUCUUAAUGCAGAAAAGAAGCAUGAAGCUGGUAGUAGAAGUCAUCGAUGCUCAUGAUCUUAUGCCCCGAGAUGGCGAGGGAUCAGCCAGUGCAUUCGUAGAAGUUGAUUUCGAGAACCAGAUCAGCAAAACCAAAACAAUCCCAAAGAACCUCAAUCCAUCCUGGAACCAGAAACUUGUUUUCAGCUUUGAUGAAACUCACAAAACUUACCAUUACAAGUCCAUUGAAGUUUCUGUUUACCACGAGAGGAGGCCGGUUCCAGGAAGAGUCUUUCUUGGAAGGGUGAGAGUUCCUUGCUCAAAUAUAGUCAGGAAAAAGGAGGAAGUUUACCAGAGAUUUCACCUCGAAAAGAAGUCGUUUUUUGGGUUUGUCAAAGGCGAAAUCGGGCUCAAAGUCUACACUGAGCCUGAAUCUCAUCUCCCACCAAAACCUUCUGAUAUUCCUCCUGCAGACACCAUUGCAGUCCCUCGAGUUUCUAGUACUGAUAAACCAGAAACUGAAAAACCAAAAAUUGCCAUUGUUGAAGCACAGUUUGAUCCUUCAAACUCUGCUGAGAAAGCUGCAGAAAAGGUUCAAAAUAUUCACAAAAACCAGGUUCUUCAGCAGCCAGUGUUUUCAGUGGGGAAAAGACCAGAAGCCAUCCAGUUAAAAAUGAGGCAUCAGGCUAAUCCGAACCUCAACGAGGACGAGUUUGAGCUGAAGGACACGAAUCCCCAGCUCGGGGAGCAGUGGCCACACGGGGGAAGAGGGUGGACGAACAACGAGAGAUAUGCAAGCGCAUAUGACCUCGUGGAGCAGAUGUUCUACCUCUACGUUCGGGUCGUCAAGGCCAAAGAUCUCCCACCGGGUGGCAUUACUGCCAGCAUUGAUCCUUAUGUGGAAGUGAAGCUCGGGAACUACAGAGGAAGAACCAGGCAUUUCGACAAGAAAACGAAUCCAGAAUGGAACCAAGUAUUCGCCUUCUCCAAAGACCACAUCCAAUCCUCAAUUCUUGAAGUUUUUGUCAAGGACAAGGAGACAUUAGGCCGAGAUGAUCAUCUAGGGAGAGCAGUGUUCGACUUGAACGAGGUCCCAACGAGAGUCCCCCCGGAUAGCCCCCUCGCCCCUCAAUGGUACAGGCUCGAGGAUCGUCGUGGGGAAGGGAAAGUGAGGGGAAACAUCAUGCUGGCGGUCUGGAUGGGGACACAAGCCGACGAAGCCUUCUCAGAAGCCUGGCAUUCAGAUGCUGCAAUGGUCCAUGGGGAAGGAGUCAUGACUGUGAGGUCCAAAGUUUACGUUUCCCCGAAGCUUUGGUACUUAAGGGUGAACGUAAUCGAAGCUCAAGACAUCAUCCCAAACGAUAGAACCCGUUUGCCUGAAGUUCAUAUCAAAGUCCAGGUGGGGAAUCAGGUGCUCAAAACCGGGAUAUCCCCCACUCGAACAGCAAAUCCGGUUUGGAACGAGGAGCUAGUGUUUGUAGCAGCAGAGCCCUUCGAGGAGCAGCUAAUCCUCACGGUGGAGGACCACGUUCAUCCCACGAAAGACGAGGUUCUGGGAAGAAUAGCCUUACCACUCUCCACGUUCGAGAAGAGGCUAGACCAUAGACCUGUCCACUCCCACUGGUUCAACCUGGAGAAAUUCGGGUUUGGCACAUUGGAACCAGACAGAAGAAAAGAGCAGAGAUUCUCGAGCAGGCUGCACCUCAGAGCCUGCCUCGAAGGCGGGUACCAUGUCCUAGACGAAUCGACAAUGUACAUAAGUGAUCAAAGACCAACCGCGAGACAACUCUGGAAGCCACCCGUGGGAGUAUUAGAAGUUGGGGUCCUAGGGGCAAAAGGGCUCCUCCCCAUGAAAAUGAAGGACGGGCGGGGCAGCACAGACGCCUAUUGUGUAGCCCGGUAUGGGCAGAAAUGGGUUCGAACCAGGACGAUUCUCGACACGUUUAGCCCCAAAUGGAACGAGCAAUACAACUGGGAAGUCUAUGACCCCUCCACAGUCAUAACACUAGGCGUUUUCGACAACUGCCAUUUGGGAAACGAAAAGCCCGGAACAACAAGAGAUUCCAGGAUUGGGAAGGUGAGAAUAAGGCUAUCCACCCUGGAAUCCAAUAAACUCUACACCCAUUCCUACCCCCUCCUUGUUCUCCAUCCUUCUGGGGUUAAAAAAAUGGGGGAACUCCAAUUGGCAGUGAGAUUCACAAGCCUCUCUUUAGCCAACAUGGUUUACACAUAUGCCCACCCUUUACUCCCCAAAAUGCACUACCUAAACCCCUUCACAGUAACCCAGCUCGAGAACCUGAGAUACCAAGCCAUGAACAUCGUGGCAGCUCGAUUAGCCCGAGCUGAGCCACCCCUCAGAAAAGAAGUAGUGGAAUACAUGUUAGACGUGGACUCCCACUUGUGGAGUAUGAGACGAAGCAAGGCUAAUUUCUUCAGGAUCAUGUCCCUCCUCUCGGGCACGAUGGCCUUAACCAAAUGGUUUCGAGACGUUUGCCAAUGGAGAAACACUCUCACCUCGGUUCUCGUUCACAUCCUCUUCUUGAUCCUGAUUUGCUACCCGGACUUGAUUCUCCCCACUCUUUUCCUCUACAUGUUCUUGAUAGGCCUAUGGAACUAUAGGCUUCGCCCGAGGCACCCUCCCCACAUGGACACGAAGCUCUCGUGGGCUGAGGCAGUGCACCCCGACGAGCUCGAUGAAGAGUUUGACACAUUCCCCACAUCCAAGAACCAAGAUAUUGUCAAGAUGAGGUAUGAUAGACUGAGAAGCGUGGCGGGGAGGAUUCAAAUAGUGGCGGGAGAUAUAGCAACACAAGGGGAGAGAUUGCAGUCAGUUCUAAGCUGGAGAGAUCCAAGAGCCACCGGCCUGUUCAUAAUCUUCUGUCUUUUUGCAGCAGUUAUGCUCUACGCCACGCCUUUCAGAGUCGUUGCCUUGGUUGCUGGGCUUUAUAUGCUCAGACAUCCUAGAUUUAGGACCAAGAUGCCGGGUGUUCCUAGCAAUUUCUUCAAGAGAUUGACAGCCAGAACCGACAGUCUGCUGUAAUAUAUACUGACAAAUCAAGAAUCAAGAAUCAUGGUUUAUGCAUCCCGGCCACAACAGCUACUGAUAGAAUCUACACGCCUGUCUUUUUCGUUUUCUUUUAAUAGUAACAUGAUUUCACCCAUUUC